AUUGGAGCAGAUAAAUGCAAUAAUUAAAAGAAAACAAAACAAAAGAAGCAAAACGAUCUCUCUCAGUUUCAUUACCAAUGACUAAAGGAUUGGUUCUGAGAAUGGUCUUGAUGAUAUGUUAUUUUCUUCGCUCAUCAUUUCAACAAGAGCCACCGUUUGUCUACAACAACUUCGACCAAGCAGGCAACAAUCUCCACCUCGACGGUGGUGCAAGAAUCCUCCCACAACACGGUGGCGGCCCCCUGCAGCUCACAAACGCAACGCUUCGCCAGAUGGGCCACGCUUUCCUCCAGCAACCGAUCGAUUACAAACCAUCCGAACCAGUCUCCUUCUCCACGCAUUUCGUCUGCGCACUUCUCCCAGCAGGCGAGACGAGCGGACACGGCAUGGCGUUCGUCGUCUCUCAUUCCACGGAUUUCACCCACGCCGAGCCCACAAGGUUCUUCGGUAUCUUCAACACGUCUUCGAACGGAUCCACCUCCACGCGCGUGCUGGCGAUAGAGCUCGAUACUGCUCUAGCUCCGGAGCUGAAAGACAUCAGUGAUAACCACGUUGGGAUCGAUGUGAACAGCCCGGUGUCUAAACUCUCAGCCAACGCUUCUUAUUUUUCGGACAGAGAAGGUAGAAACAUAGACGUAAAGCUACUGAGUGGAGAUCCUAUUCAGGUUUGGGUUGAUUACCAAGGAAACACACUCAACGUUACACUGGCACCUCUCAAAGUCCAGAAACCGAGCCGUCCUCUCUUGUCGUCGACAUCCAUCGAUCUCACCGAGAUUGUGCAAGGUAGAAGAAUGUUCUUCGGGUUCUCCGGUGCAACCGGGUCGAUCAUGAGCUACCAGUACAUACUCGGGUGGAGUUUCAGCAAAACCAUGGCGUCCCUUCAAAGCAUUGACAUCUCAAAGCUUCCUAAAGUUCAUCACCCUAGCAAUAAUAAACAUCAGGCUCCAUCGUUGGCCCUGGAUGCUCUGCUUAGUUUAAUAGCUUUCUUGGUUUUGGGGCUUCUCUUUGGAGCUUACAUGUAUAGGAGAAACUUGUACGCUGAAGUAAGAGAGGAGUGGGAGAAGGACUAUGGUCCACUCAGAUACUCCUACAAGUCUCUAUACAAAGCAACGAAAGGGUUUAGUAAAAACGAGUUUCUUGGGAGAGGAGGUUUCGGCGAAGUCUACAGAGGAACACUCUCUAAAAGCAGAGAAGUGGCUGUGAAGAGAGUAUCACACGACGGUGAGGAAGGUACGAAGCAGUUUGUAGCUGAGAUUGUUUGCAUGAGGAGCUUAAAACACCGGAGCUUGGUUCCGCUUCUUGGUUACUGCAGGAGGAAACGCGAGUUACUACUAGUCUCUGAGUACAUGCCGAACGGUAGUCUUGACCAUUACUUGUUCGAUCAUAACAAACCGUCUCUUCCGUGGUGGAGAAGAGUUAUGAUUGUGAAAGACAUCGCUUCGGCUCUUAGUUACUUACACACGGAAGCUGACCAGGUUGUUAUACACAGAGAUAUCAAAGCUGCUAACGUCAUGCUGGACAAAGACUUCAACGGAAGGCUGGGAGAUUUCGGUAUGUCGAGGCUAUACGACAGAGGAGCUGAUCCGACCACGACGGCUGCGGUGGGAACAGUCGGUUACAUGGCGCCUGAGCUUAUAACGAUGGGACCUUCCACCGGAACCGACGUGUAUGCGUUUGGUGUUUUCUUGCUCGAAGUAGCUUGCGGGAGGAGGCCUGUGGAGUCCACGUUGUCUGCUGAGAAACGGUUUCUGAUCACGUGGGUUUGUGAUUGCUGGAGGAGGUCUUGUUUGGUUGAUGCUAGAGAUCCGAGGUUGGUAGAGUUCUCGGUUCAGGAAGUGGAGAGGGUUCUGAAACUCGGUUUGCUGUGUGCGAAUCUUGCUCCGGAGGGGAGGCCGAGUAUGGAACAGGUUGUGCAGUAUGUGAAUGGAAAUGUGGAUUUGCCGGAGUUUUGGCCGCAUUCUCCGGGGAUUGGAGUUCUCACUCCAAUGGCGGUUUCACAGAUCCCUUCACUCUCACUGUCAUCUUCCUCCGGCAACAACUCUAUGUUUGUUACUCACUCGGUGGUCUAUGGGAGGGGACGGUGAAAGUUUCUAACAAAGUUGCCCCUUCUUUGGUCUCUUAGUAUUGACAAUAUACUCCAUCAAAAAACAAAAAACGAAUGGUCUUUCUUGUAAAUUUUGGCGGCUAAAUAUUUGCAAAGCAAGCUGAUGUCACUCUUUUUAUUCAAGGCGUGAGCCUAUCAUAGAUCUUCAGAGCUUGAACUUUGUCUGAGAUACUUUUUUUUUAUCAGCUGUUGUUCCUUACUUGGGAAUGAGUCAACCAAUUUUUCUGUUGUUCUGCAAUGAUCUGGUUAUGAUAUAUAUUUUAUGUCGGAGAAUUGGCAAACAUCAAAGACACAGCAUGUUUAAUCUUUAACUUUUAUGCUAGAUUACUAGUGGUAUAGACUUUUCAUUAUUGUUGAUA